AUGCCUGAAGACAACAUUACCUAUGUGAAAAAUUUUGUCAUUUUUUGUUUUCCAGGACUUCCCCCUAAUUACUAUGGUCUUACCUCAGUGGCUAUGUUUUGUGCUUAUGUAUGCACCUUAAUAGGAAAUGGAAUAUUUAUUACAUUAUUUUUUAAAGAAAAAAGCCUUCAAAAACCUAUGUAUUAUAUCAUGUUAAAUCUUGCUGCAGCAGAUGUACUGUUUAGCACAACAACUUUACCCAAGAUUAUUGCUAGAUACUGGUUUGAUGAUGGCUCCAUUUCAUAUGCAGGCUGUUUUAUUCAGAUGCAAUUUGUGCACUAUUUUAGUUCAGUUAAUGCAUUGGUCCUUGCAGUCAUGGCCUUUGAUAGAUAUGUGGCAGUCUGUAAUCCUCUCAGAUACGUUUCUAUUGUCAAAGAAUCAACUAUUUUAGGAUUAUGUGUUGCAUGUUGGCUGUUAGCUGAACCCACAGUCUUAACUAUGGUAAUUAGGGCAACUUCUCUUCCUUAUUGUGCUUCCAACACAAUCAUCCAAUGUUACUGUGACCAUGUGUCUGUCACUAAGCUUGCAUGCACUGACAGAACACCUUAUGCAUUUUCAGCUUUAAUUUCAGCUAUGAUUAUUUUGAUCACACCACUAGCAUUUAUUUUGUUCUCUUAUGGUUCCAUUAUUGUCACAGUGUUUCAAACUUCAUCCACACAAGGACGGUUAAAAACUCUCUCCACAUGCAGUUCUCAGCUUAUAAUUAUCACCCUCUUUUUUUUACCAAGGUGUUUGAAUUAUUUAUCCUCAAGUUUAGGUAUCCAAUUCAGUGCUGACAUACAAAUACUUGUAAUUAUGUUGUACAGCCAGCUGCCCCCUAUGAUCAAUCCAUUCAUUUACUGUUUAAGGACUAAAGAAGCAAAAGUAUGCUUAAAGAAGCAUUUAAACAGGUCACCAUUUGGACAUUUUAUGAAAAAGGCCCAGGUUUCUUCUCUAUCUAACUGA